AUGAAAACCAACCAAAUGAGCUUUUCGCAAACAUUAGUCUGCGUGAAAAAAGUGAAACAUGAAGCUGUUGAAGAAUGGAAUGAUUCAAUGCCGUUACCCGGAGACAUUAUUGAAGGUAUUGCUGCUUUUGAUGGUUGUGCACUUGAAGACAUUGAUGACAAGUUGUUUGUACCAACCAAAGGAAAAUCCGAGCUUAAGUCACAAUUGUCACGGAUUAGCAAAACGAAUGCAGAUGGUUUUGUUUGGUUAAAGGUUCGAAGGGGGAACCAAAUGGUGAAUUUAUGUGUUUGUGUAGUGCAAGAAAAGCGUUUUAGCUUGAAUAGAAAGUAUAGUUUUCGAGCUGUUUCAAAUGAUAAACAUGUUGCAGUUUUAGAUGACUUGGAUUUUGAUCAAUGUACAGAACUUCAAGAAAGGAGUAGGAGAGCAGUGAAUGUGGUCCAACGAGGGUUUAACCAAGACACGAUAAAGUAUAACUGGAGGAGGAAAGUGGCUACUUAUUUACCUGACCAUCGAGCUACAGUUAUUAGCUCGAUACUUUUCAUGCCUCUUGCAAAUGAGCAUGAUAUCGACUCUAUAACAAUAAGAGCAAUGGCUUGGUUUUCUGCAGCAGUUUCAUCAGGAAUCCCUAUUGUGUUCGUUAACAUCCAAACCGAACAAAUUCUUUCCACGGACAAAAGUAACCACACUAGAAUUCCAACGCAUGGAAUAAGGCUAUGGUUUUUGCCAGGAAUUACGGAAAUUUCAAUUGAAUUGAUACCAGAAGAAGGAGAAAACAGAUUCGGCAUUGAUGUCAAAAGAACCGAGGAGGGGUUCGUUUGCCUAUAUGCUGUGACCAAAGGCUCGGCUGCUGAUCGUGCGGGUUUGAGACAAUUGUUUGAAGACUCGAUAGAAACAGGGCACAUAGUUGUGAUAUCGCGGUUAGAAGGGAAAAGCGUGAUGCCAACAAUGGUCAGCUCAGAUGGUUUAUUACAUUGUUGUGACCACGGUGACAUAAGGGAAACUCUUGUUGGGGCUAUCGACCAACUCGAAAGCGUAAGACUUCACAUUAUGUCGUGGCCUACUGCUCAAAACGUUUCGAGAACACAAAGUGUUGGUGCCGCGACUCUUAGGCCUCCAAUGUGA